AUGUCUGAGAUUACUCACAGAUUAGCGAAAACAACACACAAGACCACCCCGCCGGUGAUCGACCAGGUGGAUAUCACGCAGACGCUCGAUUUCUACUGGACGAACGAGAAGGACCCCCACUCAAAAAGACGCAAACUCAUCCUACAAAAAUACCCAACAGUCACCAAGCUGUGUGGCCAUGAACCGCUCACCAAGUACAUUUCUUUGAUGGUUGUUGGUCUCCAGUUCGGAAUCGCAUACUACCUCAGAAAUACCAGCCCGUUCAGCUACAAGUUUCUGGCCCUUGCGUACAUUAUCGGAGGUACCUGCAACCAGAACUGUUUCCUCUGCAUCCACGAACUGUCCCAUAAUCUGGGAUUCAAAAAGCCCCUGCAUAACCGUCUUUUUUCCAUAGUCACGAACCUCCCGAUCGGAAUCCCUUACAGUGCUUCGUUCCAGCCAUACCACCAACUGCACCACAAAUUUCUGGGUGACGAGGUGUACGAUACCGACAUCCCGACGCGAUUCGAGGCGAUCUUGCUCUCGAAUGUGCUGGGUAAGGCCUUUUUCGCCACGUUUCAAAUCCUAUUCUAUGCCCUGAGACCCAUGUUCAUCACUCAGGUGAAAUUCACAGUUAUCCAUCUGUUGAACGUGGUUACCCAGCUAUUCGUGGAUCUCCUCGUUGUCAAGUACUGGUCGUCGAACUCGCUGUGGUAUUUCAUCAUGUCGUCGUUCUUCGCCGGCUCUUUACACCCAACAGCAGGCCAUUUCGUCUCCGAACACUACAUCUUUGAUCCUCCAAAGAUCUACAAAAAGUUCAUCGACACACCGCCCCUGGAGACAUACUCAUACUACGGGCUCCUGAACCUGGUCACCUGGAACGUUGGAUACCACAACGAGCACCACGACUUCCCGUUCGUGGCCUGGAGCAAGCUCCCUGCUCUGAAAAAGAUAGCCUCGGAGUUCUACGAGCCCCUGCCGGCACAUAACUCCUGGUCUUGGGUCAUUGUCGACUUCAUCUUCAACUACCAAGUCACCAUGUUCAACAGAGUCAAAAGAGAUACCGCCGGCAUCUCGGAAAGACGCAAAGUCGACUUUAACGACAAUUCUAAAUAG